GAAGAGGAAAUUAUAAAUACUUUUGACAUUGUUGGUGGGUGAGAACUCAACUACUCAGUGAAAUGGCGGUGAUGGAGAGUUCGAAACCAACGGUGGAGAUCAACGGUUUGCGAUUCACGUAUCCUGGAAUCGACGGUCACCCACCACCAGGGUCCACCCCUCUUAUCGAUGAUUUCUCUCUCAUUCUUAACGCCGGCGAUCGGUGUCUCCUCGUCGGAUCCAAUGGCGCUGGGAAAACAACGAUAUUGAAGAUACUGGGAGGGAAGCACAUGGUGGAACCGCACAUGGUUCGAGUGUUGGGAAGAUCCGCUUUCCACGACACCGUUUUGGCUUCCUCCGGUGAUCUUUGUUAUCUUGGAGGAGAGUGGAGGCGUGAUGUUGCUUUUGGAGGAUUUGAUGUUCCAAUUCAAAUGGACAUUUCUGCGGAGAAAAUUAAUUUUGGAGUUGCAGGUAUUGAUCCCCAAAGAAGAGCUGAACUAAUCAAGGUAUUCGAUAUUGAUCUCUCGUGGAGGAUGCACAAGGUAUCUGAUGGUCAGAGAAGACGUGUCCAAAUUUGUAUGGGUCUUCUCAAGCCAUUCCGGGUUCUUCUACUGGAUGAGAUAACAGUUGACCUUGAUGUGCUGGCAAGGGCUAACCUUCUGAAUUUCCUUAGAAAGGAAUGUGAAGAGCAAGGCGCCACAAUAAUCUAUGCAACACAUAUAUUUGAUGGUCUAGAAAAGUGGCCAUCACAUAUUGUUUACAUGGCUCAUGGGAAAUUGCAAUUAGCAAUGCCAAUGGAUAAGGUUAAAGAGAUUAGCAAUUUGUCGCUAAUGAUUAGUUUUCCUGGUAGAUGCUUGAAAUUAGAGAGCUGGCUGAGAAAAGAAAGAGAUGAAGAAAGGAAGGCAUGCGGUCUUCCUGAAUUUGAAAGCCAGAUUGAGGGAAGCCGUGUGACAGGGGAUCCAGCACGAGCUGCUGUUCGCGCAUUGAACAAUGGCUGGGCUGCCGGCAGGUUACACUCCACUGGUGAAGAAAACUUUGUCUUCAGCUCAAACAGAGUUUUAAGGCAAUAGAUAAACUCAACUUGCAACAAGUUGUUUGAGCUUUCUGAAGAACUUUUACAACAUGCAACAAAUUCUCAUCCCCAACGUCUUGCCUAGGCUCUUAUUAUGUAGAAUGAAAACAUGGAAAUAUGUCCAUAAUUGUUGUCCUUGCAAGAAUCCGAGGAAUAAUGGUGGGGAGUCCGAUCAUGUAGAGAUGUUCUUGAUUUGUUGUGUUAUUUUUUCAUAGUCAAGCCUCUGUAACGUGAGCGUAUAGGGUCAAGCAUAGCUAGUGUCAUCUUAUUUAUGCAUUAUGAAAAGAAUUCAUGUACCUUCUCAUACUUAACCCCUCCGCCCCCACCCAUACUAGGGAUGGUUAGGGUAGGGAUGGCAUAGGAGUAAAUAUUGGAU